GUCACCACCCUUACAAAGCCACGUGCUAGCUUCUUCACUCCUUCUCAGCUCUGCAUUUCCUGUUUUUUCAAUCAAUUCAACCACCGUGGUGGUAUUUUUGUUUUCAGUCUUGUUUCUAUUUUCUUAUCUAGUUAUUUCUUAUUUUUUUUAAUUUGUCAUGCUAAUAGAGCUCCUAAUUGCCUGUAGGCCGUCAUUGUUAAUAGUUUGAGUUCUUCUGCUCUUUCUCUUUGGUAUUUGAUUGUGCAAGGACAAGCUUGGUGUGGGAAGGAUGGAUAUCUUGUUGGAGGUUGUAAAAGGAGCAUUUUUCUUGGUGCUGCUAACAUGGGUUUUGCUGGACAUUUUGAAACGUAGGAGGCUUGAAAAUGACUGUGAGAUACAUUUGGAGUAUAGAGUAGUUAGGGGAUUUGAGCUUUUUAGGAUCAUCACUCUUCUCUCAAACGUUACCAUCUCUGUCCUUUACAUGGGUUUUGGAGCUUAUGUUUACUGGAAUCAUGGGUUGGUUGUCUCUUUAAGCUCUGUCUGCUCUGCAGCCACUUGGGUUAUGGCAACUGUAGUUGCGAUCUAUUCAAAAAACACAAGUUGGCCUUUGGUGCUUGUUCUUUGGUGGGUGAGUUUCUUCAUUUUUGAUGCAAUUUUGGUGUCCAUUUACCUCAUCCACCAUCUGGAUUCAGUUAAAUUACUUUAUCGUUUACCCGAAGCGAGCAUUGUUGAUGUUGCUUCCCUGCCUUUGUCUGCACUUCUUUGUUUAAACACUUUACCCGUUAAAUGUUUUAUGAAUGCUAGAGAUCUUGAACAUCCUCUUCUUCAAAAAAGAGAUGAAGAUUCUUCUAGAGGUAAUAGUACUUUCACAAAUACCGGCAUCUGGGGCAAACUCACUUUCCUAUGGCUAAAUCCCCUUUUUAAGAAGGGUCGAGUCGAAAAACUUCAGUUACAUCAUAUUCCUUCAGUUCCUCAAUCUGAAACAGCAGAAAAUGCCUCGGCAUUGCUUGAACAAUGUAUUAGUAUGCAGAAAAAGGAAGCCUAUUCGGUGCCAAAAGCAUUAAGCCAUGCUGUAUGUAAAUCACUUGCUCUGAAUGCGAUUUUUGCAGGGCUUAAUACAACUGCCUCCUAUAUUGGGCCCCUUUUGAUCACCAACUUCGUAAAUUUCCUAUCAGACAAGCAUGAUAAUUCAAGCCACAAUUAUGGGCUUAUGCUUGCGUUCAUCUUCUUCUUUGCAAAGACAGUGGAGUCACUAACUCAACGACAGUGGUAUUUUGGUGCUCAACGCAUUGGAAUACGAGUUCGAGCGGCUCUAACAGUGUUGAUUUAUGAGAAAUCUCUCUCGAUCAAGUUUGUUGGUCCCAGCAAUGGUAAAAUUACAAAUUUGAUCAACGUGGAUGUUGAGAGAAUUGGUGACUUUUGCUGGCACAUUCAUGGGGUCUGGUUGCUGCCACUCCAAGUUUUUUUAGCUCUGUUCAUCCUUUAUAGGAAUCUGGGUGCAGCUCCAUCUAUUGCUGCUUUACUUACUACAGUUCUUGUUAUGGUGAGCAACACACCAUUAGCCAGGAGGCAAGAAAGACUUCACUCGAAGAUCAUGGAAUCAAAGGAUUCAAGAAUAAAAGCGACUUCUGAGAUCUUAAAGAGUAUGAGAGUCUUGAAACUGCACUCAUGGGAAUCAAAAUUCCAGAAAAAACUCACCGACCUUAGAGAAAUAGAAAGAAACUGGCUCAAGAGAUACCUAUACACAAGUUCAGCAAUUGCCUUCCUCUUUUGGGCUUCACCAACUCUAGUAUCAGUCGUCACAUUUGGUAUAUGCAUCUUGCUAAACACAUCAUUAACAUCGGCUAAGGUACUUGCAGCUCUAGCAACCUUCAGAAUUCUACAAGAACCCAUCUACAACCUACCGGAGCUUCUUUCCAUGGUUGCUCAAACCAAAGUCUCAAUUCAUCGUAUCCAAGAGUUCGUUGGAAAAGAAGAUCAACAGAAGUCGAUACCUAACCCUACUCCUGAAGCAUCUGAUGUUGCAGUUGAAAUAGAGACUGGGGAAUAUGCAUGGGAAACAAGUUCCCAGAAUUUGAAGAAGCCAACUAUUAAAAUUACAGAGAUGAAAAUAUUGAAAGGUUGCAAGAUUGCAGUUUGUGGCUCGGUGGGGUCAGGUAAAUCGAGCCUCCUCUGCAGCAUACUUGGAGAGAUCCCUAGGAUUUCUGGAGAGGCAAUUAAAGUUUUUGGGAAAAAGGCUUAUGUUCCUCAAAGAGCUUGGAUUCAAACAGGCACCAUAAGAGAGAAUGUAUUGUUUGGACAGCAUAUGAAUAAAGCUUUUUAUGAAGAUGUUCUCAAUGCGUGUGCUCUGAACCAAGAUAUUGAGAUGUGGGCUGAAGGUGACAUGACCAUGGCGGGAGAGAGAGGAACGAACCUGAGUGGAGGACAGAAGCAACGGAUUCAGUUGGCAAGGGCUGUCUAUAGCAACUCUGAUGUUUAUAUCCUUGAUGACCCUUUCAGUGCAGUAGAUGCUCAUACAGGAACACACCUAUUCAAGAAAUGUCUCAUGGAAUUGUUGGCCCAGAAGACCGUCAUUUAUGCCACACACCAAUUGGAAUUUUUAAAUGACGCAGACUUUGUUCUGGUGAUGAAAGAUGGAAUCAUUGUUCAGUCUGGAAAAUAUGAAGAUUUGAUAGCUGAUCAUACUGGUGAACUUGUUAGACAAAUAACUGCCCAUAGAAAGUCACUAGACCAAGUGAAGCAGCCGCAAGAAGAUAAUUCUUUGACUGUUCAACCAUGUCAUUUAAAUCAAAAUGAGGUCACAGAAGAGAAACACCGGGAGCCCACAUGCUGUACCAAGACCUUAGAUAGUUGUAAUGAAGAAGAAGCACAAACAGGUCGUGUAAAAUUCAGUGUUUACUCGACCUUUGUCUCUUCAGCUUAUAAAGGAGCUCUUGUUCCAGUUAUCCUUCUCUGUCAAGUCCUCUUCCAGUGGCUACAAAUGGCCAGCAACUUCUGGAUUGCUUGGGCAACGGAGGAAAAGCACAACGUGAAUAGAGAGCAAUUAAUUGUGGUAUUUAUAUUACUCUCAGGUGGAAGCUCCACUUUUGUACUAGGAAGAGCAGUUCUACUAGCAACUAUUGCAGUUGAGACUGCUCAACGCCUUUUCCUUGGCAUGAUAAGAUCAGUUUUUCGUGCACCAAUUUCAUUCUUUGACUCCACACCAUCAAGUCGAAUUCUGAACAGGUCUUCUACAGAUCAAAGCACAUUAGACACAGACAUUCCGUACAGAUUAGCGGGACUUGCAUUUGCACUAAUUCAGUUGUUAAGUAUAAUCAUUCUUAUGUCCUGGGUCGCCUGGCAGGUCUUCCUUCUCUUCCUUGCCAUCCUUGGAAUCUCCAUUUGGUAUCAGGCUUAUUAUAUUUCCACUGCUAGGGAGCUAGCAAGGAUGGUUGGGAUUCGAAAGGCCCCUAUCUUGCAUCACUUCUCUGAAUCUGUCAUGGGAGCUGCAACAAUUCGUUGUUUCAACCAAGAAGAUAGGUUCUUGGAGAAAUGCAAGAACUUGGUUGAUGAUUAUUCUCGGGUAGUCUUCCAUAACUUUGGUACAAUGGAAUGGCUGAGUGUUCGAACCAACUUUCUAUUCAACCUUGUUUUCUUCUUGGUUUUAAUUAUCCUGGUGAGCUUGCCCAGGUCUGCCAUUGACCCCAGCUUGGCUGGAUUGGUAGCCACCUAUGGACUAAACUUAAAUGUUCUUCAAGCUUGGGUGAUAUGGAACCUAUGCAACGUUGCGAACAAAAUGAUAUCAGUGGAGAGAAUUCUUCAAUUCACUAACAUUUCAAGUGAGGCUCCACUAGUGAUUGACAAUUGUCGACCACAGCGUGAAUGGCCAACAGAAGGAAAGAUUGAACUUGAAAAUCUUCAGGUCAGGUAUACUCCUGCCCUUCCUAUGGUUCUCAAAGGUAUAACUUGCACGUUCCCAGGAGAAAAGAAAAUUGGAGUGGUUGGCAGAACUGGGAGUGGGAAAUCGACUCUAAUCCAAGCUCUCUUUAGAGUGGUGGAACCCUGUGGUGGUCGGGUCCUCAUUGAUGCAGUAGAUAUUUCUACAAUAGGUUUGGAGGAUCUGAGGUCCAGAUUGGCUAUUAUUCCACAAGAUCCAACAUUGUUCCAGGGAACCAUGAGGACCAAUCUGGAUCCUUUACAAGAGCACACAGAUGAAGAAAUCUGGAAGGUUGUCAGCAAGUGCCGUCUAACAGACUUGGUGAGACAGGAUCAGCGGCUUCUUGAUGCUCCAGUGGCUGAAGAUGGAGAAAAUUGGAGUGUUGGACAAAGACAGCUUGUUUGCCUGGCUAGAGUGCUUCUAAAGAAAAGGAGAAUUUUGGUAUUAGAUGAAGCCACAGCUUCAAUUGACACAGCCACAGAUAAUGUGAUUCAGGAGACAAUUAGAGAAGAAACAAGUGGCUGUACAGUUAUUACAGUGGCACAUCGAAUACCAACUGUUAUUGACAAUGACUUGGUUUUGGUUCUUGAUGAAGGCAAAGUAAUAGAGUAUGAUCGCCCGCGGAAGUUACUUCAGGAUAAUUCUUCUUCAUUCUCAAAGUUGGUGGCAGAAUUCUUGUGGAGAUCAUCCAAGGGCAACCAUAGAACUCUGCCUAGAGGGGUAGUGAGUAGUGUUAAGGAAAGUUCUACUGAAUCUAGUUCUAAUCAUAAUCCUGGAUAGUUCUCUAUUCAAUCCUUGAUAUUAUUCUUUGUAUCUCUUAAUUACUGCAUAGGUUUCUUUCUGUUUAUGUACACUAGAUCUACGCCUCUCCCCCCUGUAUAUAUAUUAAUUGAUUCAAUAAGAAUAUCAUCAAGCU